CGUGACCGCGCCGGCGCAAGUUUCAAGUCUAGGGGAGAUUUUAUAAUUUCAUCAAUUGUCAGGUCAGUCGUUCAAUUCCUCGAGUCUGGACUAGAUCGAUACAGAGUUAUUUAAAUUUCAAUUAAUUAUCCAAUUUAACUAUCUAUAAUGCCAGCUGAAAAGUACGCAGCAGCAGACCCGGAAUUGAAAGCCGAGCUUAAACAGAUAGCUGAGGCGAUCGUUGCUCCUGGAAAGGGUAUUUUAGCCGCUGAUGAAUCUACGACCACUAUUGGUAAACGUUUGCAGGACAUAAACGUCGAGAAUAAUGAAGACAAUCGUCGGGCUUAUCGUCAAUUGUUGUUCACCACUGAAAAGGACGUUAUCAAGAACCACAUAUCUGGUGUGAUUCUUUUCCACGAGACUCUGUACCAAAAAGCCGAAGAUGGAACUCCAUUCGUGACCCUGAUGAAAGAGCGCAACAUCAUCCCUGGAAUAAAAGUAGACAAGGGUGUGGUCCCACUGUUCGGAACCGACGACGAGUGCACAACCCAGGGUCUCGACGACCUCCAGGCUCGUUGCAUCCAAUACAAGAAAGACGGCUGCCACUUUGCCAAAUGGCGUUGCGUGCUUAAGAUCAAGGGCAACACCUGUCCAAGCCGGCUAGCAAUUUUGGAGAACGCGAACGUGUUGGCCCGCUACGCGUCCAUCUGCCAGAGCGCACGUAUUGUCCCGAUCGUCGAACCAGAAAUUUUGCCUGACGGUGACCACGAUUUGGCCCGUUGUCAGCAAGUAACUGAGGAAGUCCUCGCGGCCGUCUACAAGGCCCUCAACGACCACCAUGUCUACUUGGAGGGUACUCUUCUGAAGCCCAACAUGGUUACUCCUGGACAGAGCUGUCCUAAACGUGCUACUCCCCAGGAAAUCGCCUCAGCUACUGUGAUCGCUCUUCAGCGCACUGUUCCCCCAGCAGUUACUGGAAUCACUUUCUUGAGCGGUGGACAGUCUGAAGAGGAAGCUUCAGUGAAUCUCGACGCUAUCAACAAGUACCCGGGAAAGAAACCAUGGGCUCUGACAUUCAGUUACGGCAGAGCUCUUCAAGCUUCUGUUUUGAGAGCUUGGGGUGGCAAGAAGGAACAAAUUGCCGCUGGACAGGAAGAACUUAUCAAACGUGCCAAGGCAAAUAGUGAAGCUUCUCUUGGAAAAUACGCCGGUGGUGUCAGUGGAGCUGCUGGUGACGCUGCAUUAUUUGUCGCUAAUCACGCAUACUAAUUAAUUUAUCAAUUAAAUCAACAAUUAAAUUUAUCGAUAAUUGUUAAUCUUCAUGAUAUUAUCACAAAUAAAAGUAUAAAGUUAUUGACGUGAAAAUCGAGUCGAAAAUUAUAGAAGAAUAAAUAUGUUCGUAAUGCAAAUAAAUAAAUUAAAUAAAUCAAACAAUAUUUAUUGACAGUUAAUUUUUUAAUCACAACGCAAAAAGUUACCAAUUAAAAAAAUUAUAUAGUUAUUAUAUUUUUUAAUUGUAAAUUAAAAAAUAUUAAUUAAUUUAUAUUGACUUCUUUUUUUUUUCAGUCAUACAUAUUUUUUAUGAUUUAUUUUGUAAUAUUGAAAUAUCCAGAGGCUUUAUUUAAGUAUUUAACCAGGAUACCUGAAACGAAUAAACGAAUAAAUAGAUUAAUAAAGAAAAAUAUGUUUAUUGACUAAGUAUGUAAUCGAAUGCUAUUAGUUGAUGUGUUAUUUAUUAGUAGUAACAUUAAACGAUUAUACAUAUACAUCAUUACUUAUGAAUAUAUUGAUUGGUGUUUGAAAAUAUAUAUUUAAAAUUAAUCAUGUGAGUUUGAAACAAAAUUGUAAUGGUUUUAUUGCGUUAAUUAUUAUAAACGAUUAACAAAUAAAUAAAAUAUUGUGUACGUU